CUUAGGCUAAUCUGAUAGUAAGCAGUAUUUGAUAUGGAUAUUCGCCAAGCAAAUGGUAAUGCACAUGUACGUAUAUUGUUUAUAUAUAAUUGGUCUAUAGACAACAUUACAGAGCUAGCUGCCUUUUGUUGACUAUGUAACAAGUCUCAAAGGGAACUAAAGUUUCGGGUCUCUUUUCAGUCUCUGAGGGGACCCUGAGAUCUAGUGAGAUAAGUGCAUUAGGAACAGGUGCCUUUCAAACUGUGAGAGUCUAAUGCAAAUGUUGCUUUCGGUGCCCCAGAUUCCAUUACUUCCAAAGGGGGAGGGGGUGAGUCUGCCUGUUGUCUGUCUCUGCUGUGAAUGCUGCUUUUUCCAGAGAUCUUGACCAAGCUGGAUAGUGCAUUAAAGUUGAGGACCCCAAAUCAGGAAUAAAGAUGAGAGUUAAAGCAGUUGGAGAAGAGGAAACUUCCUGCUGUGUGCUAGACACAGCUUCUUAUAUAACUUCUUUUUCUCGUCUGCAAAAUGAAAUCACAUAUUGAAGAACUGUCGAGAAAAGAAGUGAUGAGCCGGGUUUCAUACUUUUGUCCGCCGGAUUCCAAAAACCUUUGGUUCUUUUUCCACUGGGUCACGUCUAGGAGAAACAAAUCUUAGUGCAUUCUCCUAGUCAAGUGGAGGAAAAUUGGUACCUGAGACGCCCCCUGGUGGUCCACGUGUUUUCUUGCGCAGCCAACCCUCUCCCGGGCUCCUUUAAUACCUAAAAUCCCACCCGCUUCGCGGCGCGUGAAUCUCGGAUCGCAAUUGGCCGGGUGGGGACUGGAGGCGGGACGCGGGGGCGGCGGUGCUGAUUGGCUGGAGGAGGCCCGCCGGGGGAAACUUCCGGGAAUGUUCGCACUCCAGCGUUCCGUUGGUCCGCAUCCGGCGGCGGCGGGGCCUUUGGCUCCCCCUGCGGGCGGCUCAGUGGGGUGCAGUGUACGGCGGGCAGGCUGGUGGGGUGCUGAGGCUCGGGCAGCAUGACGACGGAGACCUUCGUGAAGGAUAUCAAGCCCGGGCUCAAGAACCUGAACCUCAUCUUCAUUGUGCUGGAGACAGGCCGAGUGACCAAGACAAAGGAUGGGCACGAGGUUCGGACCUGCAAAGUGGCAGACAAAACUGGCAGCAUCAAUAUCUCCGUCUGGGACGACGUGGGCAACCUGAUCCAGCCUGGGGAUAUUAUCCGGCUCACCAAAGGGUACGCUUCAGUGUUCAAAGGUUGUCUGACAUUGUACACUGGCCGUGGGGGUGAUCUUCAAAAGAUUGGAGAAUUCUGUAUGGUUUAUUCUGAGGUUCCUAACUUCAGUGAGCCAAAUCCAGAAUACAGUGCCCAGCAGGCACCCAACAAGACGGUGCAGAACGAUAGCAGCCCUACGGCUCCCCAGCCUACCACCGGACCCCCCGCCACUUCUCCAGCCUCUGAGAGCCAGAACGGGAAUGGACUGAGCACCCCACCAGGUCCUGGUGGUGCCCCACACCCCCCUCACACUCCCCCCCACCCCCCCACCCCCCGAAUUACCCGAAGCCAGCCCAACCACACGCCUGCCGGCCCUCCUGGCCCCUCCAGCAGCCCUGUCAGUAAUGGCAAAGAAACCCGGAGGAGCAGCAAGAGAUAGCAAGACAUUCUUCCUCCCUGCCACCAGCCACAACCCAGGUGUCUGCUAGAGAACACAGCUUUCUACUGGGCUGCUGGCUUUUGGGGGCAGGGGGUGUGUAGGAGUAUUUUAGCCACUAAACUUCACUGGAGGGGUGGUGAGCAGUGGCCUUAUCCGCCCUCAGCCCAUAGUCCCCUCCUUGUCAGCUGAAGCGGCCUGUCCCCUGGGAGUCCGGGCCCUCUGCCUCCCCGCCUUCCUCUUUAGAAAUGACGGUUACAGUCUGAUCCUUGGGUCUGUGAUGUGGAAGUUUAAUUGAAUCCCUCCUUCCUAAUAAAUGUUACCACUCUG